CUGGCUGGAGAAUUUCUAUCUCAAAAUAAUAAUACCAGUACUAUAUAUAUAUUUUGAUUUAUUUAUGUACCUAUUUUUGUUUUUUUAAUACAUAGAUAUGGAUUUGUCAGUGUCGUUGCAUAAGCACGGUGAUUCAUAGUUGUCCCCAUUGUGAUUUUAAUUCUCUCAUUGGUAGGUGGGGGCCCUGUUGUAUGCAGUUCAAUAUAUUUAAUAUCUGUACUGUUCAUUUUGACCGAUGAUUUUUCCCAAUUUUCUAUAUUGUUUUCCUUGUAAAGUUCUGGUUCAGUCAGUAAAGGGCAAGGGUAAUGAGAAAUAUAUAUAUAUCUAUGUAUAUUUGACAAAUGUUAUUGUCUGCUUAGUUAUUCCUUUUUAGUUAUACUGUAAUAUUGUAUGAUAUUUAGGUACUUAAUGGUUGCUUAAACUUGCAAAAAGAUGUAGAUUUUGAUCUUGAUAAUUGCACGUGUGUUGCACAAACGAGACUGAAACUAGAUUUAGAUGUAGAUUGGCCAAGGGUUUUUGUAAGGCAAAUAGGCUCGAAUCUCAGUAAAUCUAAAAGUGGUGCAGAAAUCCAACGGAUGUUUGAAGCUGCUGCUCCUGCUGUACUGCAAAAACAACUUUUCAGUGCAUUGUUUGUGUUAGGGCAGUUCUUUGCUUUUUUAUAUUGACGUGAUCUAUGAGUAGUAGUAGUGAUGAUGAGAAAUACUUACUAAAAAGUCAUUGCAUUACAGUGCAGUCAUUGGAUAGCCACGUGGAUAUGUAAAGUUCAUGAAUAUGCAGUAAUGGUUCCUAUAUCAGUUUUUGCUUUGGUGGGUCCCUAGUAAACCUAGCUUACUUUCUUUGAGGAGGGUUUUUCUGAGGGUGUGCAUGCAUAGACCCUAAGGUAUCCUAUGAGUUGAUAAACUGUUAAUUCUUCACUUUUUAGGGUUUUUUUUUAAUAAAUUUUUCGAAGGCCUACUUUUAGGAAAAAGGGGUGAUUGACUGGAUUGCAGCCUGGGAGGAGAGAAGGGUUAUAUGGGAUUUUUAAUGUUGUGGGGUCAAGUAUGGCAAGGUGUAAAUAAAAUAUGUGGAACAUGGUUGGAAUUCGAAGUGGUUCCAUGGACCACAGUGGGGCUUUUGUCAGCUUUUGCCCAAAUGGAACAAAAAUUUCGUGUAUGUUUGUUGUUUCCUCAUGGAUCUGAGUAAAAUACAGCAUAUCUUGGUUUGGAUUAGUGCUGCAAAAUUUUAAGUGUUCUUUACCAUUUUAUAGGAGCUUUGUAUGAUGGAAGCUGUGAAGCCAUCGGCUGUUACUCCAUCAAAGAGUAAAUGGGUUCGGACCUUCUCCAAAGUUCUUCACCUGCAUGCUGCUGGAGCUGGGAUUGUCCCUGAUGAUGGGGUUCAGAAGGUGCCUAAAGAAGCCGGUGAGUGGAAUGACAGUAAGACGACCAAGAGAUUAUCUCAGAAAUUUGACAGAUUACAUGAUGAAGAGCUUGAACGAAGGGUUGCCUGGGAAGCGCUUAUUGCAAAGAUCUUUGCUACCAUUUCAGCAAUUAAGGCAGGAUAUGCUCAGUUGCAGCACGCUCAGUCUCCUUAUGAUGCUGAGGGGAUUCAAACUGCUGAUCGAUUGAUAGUUUCUGACUUGAAGAAAUUGUCAGAAUUGAAGCAAUGUUUCUUGAAGAAACAGUAUGAUCCUUCCCCAGAACAUUCAAUGCUUUUAGCUGAAAUUCAGGAACAGAAAAGUCUUUCAAAGACGUUUGAAAUCAUGGGGAAGAAACUUGAAUCUCAGCUGAGACUCAAAGAGUCUGAGAUCAUAUUUCUUCGAGAAAGUUUGGAUGAAUCAAAUAAGCAAAACAAGUUGCUGGAAAAGAGAUUGAAUCAAAGUGGUCAGUUAUUUGUGCUUGACAAUCUUCAUCUCUCGGGCUUAGGUCCUAGCCAUUUUAUGACAGUUCUCCGGCAAACUGUCAAGUCCAUUAGAAGUUUUGUCAGGCUGAUGAUUGACGAAAUGAAGUCUGCUGACUGGGAUAUUAACUCAGCAGCUAAUUCAAUAGAACGAGCUGUAAUUUAUUGGAAAGCAGAUGACAAAUGUUUUGCAUUUGAGUCCUUCAUUUGCAGGGAAAUGUUCAAGGCCUUCCACCAUCCGUACUUCUUUCUUCUUGGUGACUCUGUGCCUGAGGGAAAGAAACAUCCACAAGUCUUCUUUGAGAGAUUUAUGGAAUUGAAAUCUACGAAAGUUAAGGAGUAUCUGGCCACGAAGCCUAAGUCAACAUUUGCAAAAUUUUGCCGGACCAAAUACUUGCAAGUUGUUCAUCCGAAGAUGGAAUCAUCCUUUUUUGGCAAUUUGAGCAUUAGAGACAUGGUGAGUUCCUAUCAAUUCCCAGACACCACUUUUUUCACCUUAUUUGCUGAAAUGGCGAAGCGGGUUUGGCUUUUGCACUGCUUAGCCUUUGCUUUUGUGCCUGCGGCAUCAAUCUUUCAAAUAAGCAAAGGGUGUAGAUUUUCUGAAGUAUACAUGGAAAGUGUUGCUGAGGAAGCAUUCUUUUCAUCAGAGAUUACACCGCAAUCAGAACCACGAGUGGCUUUUACCGUUGUUCCUGGAUUCAGGAUUGGUAAAACUAUAAUACAGUGCCAGGUCUAUCUCUCUCAACUCAAAACAAGGUAACUUGUUGAUUCCCUGAUAGUCACAGAGAAUUUGACAGGUACAUUUAGACCCGCAACAUAGUAGAUUAAACUGGAUGGCCAUUCUCUUGAAUUUUUUGAGUUAAUUAAAUUAGAGAAAUGGCUUUUGCUUGGUUGCUGUGUAUGUUGUGGAAUUCGAAACAUGGUUGCCUGGGCAAUAUUUCUUCUUGUGUUUGUGGCCUUAAUGAUAAUGAAAGGCUCAUUUACUCUAGUUUAUUUGUAAAGGCAUCUCCCAAUUUUGUUAAUAUUAGGCCAAUGAUGUUCUAGCUGUUUUGCAUUAUUGCCUUAUGUUGAUGCUUUUAUAUGUAUAUAAUAUAUAGGUUUGGAAA